AUGGCGACACAGACCGCGAGCGGCAGAUCCGCUGCCCGCAUUCCCAGCAAGAUGCGCGCAUGGCAGUUUUCAUCGACGCGAGGCGGGAUCGAGAAGAACUUGAAGCUGAAUGACUCGGCACCAGUCCCAGCUCAUGAUUCACGUGCAUUGGGCAACGAUAAAGUCCUGGUGAAGAUCCUUGCCGCGGGAAUCAACCCGGUCGAUUACAAGUUAGCAGAAUUGCCGAUCAUAGGCCGGUUUCUCUACCGGAAAGAUGCGACUCCAGGAUCGGACUUUGCUGGUGUGAUCGCGGCAGCUACACCUGCAGUGACGCCCGGGCAGACGGACAGCUUCAGGGAAGGACAGCUUGUAUUUGGGAGGCUAAGUCAACCUGUCCAUUUUGGCACUUUUGAAGAAUACAUUGUCCUCAAGAGCGCCGACCUAGCACGUAUUCCCGAGGGGGUGGACCCCGUGGACGCGGCUGGCAUCGGAGUCGCUGGUCUGACUGCCUAUCAGUGCAUUCAACCUUUUGUGCACGCUGGUCGAGGGAACAGAGUGCUCAUCAACGGAGGUAGUGGAGGCACUGGUGUCUGGGGCAUUCAGAUUGCAAAAGCGUUGGGAUGCCACGUCACUACCACCUGCUCUGGAGCAAAUGCCGAAUUUUGCAAGGACCUUGGGGCAGACGAGGUGAUCAACUACAGGAGUACAAAUGUCGUUGAAGCCUUGAAGAAUUCGGUGUUGGCUGCAGGUGGGCAAAAGUUUGACCUCGCGGUGGACAACAUCGGCGGCCAGGGAGAGCUGUAUUGGCAGAGUCAUCAUUAUCUAUCACAGGGCGGGCGAUAUGUUCAGAUUGGAACUGAGCCCGGCCUAGGUCACACCCUUGAUCUCAUGAUGAAGUUGACUUGGCCCCGUUUCUUAGGUGGUGGUAAAAGAAAAUUUGAGAUGCUGAUGACGAAAAAUGACACAGAGCAGAUUGGGGAAAUCGGCAAGUUGUUGCAGCAAAAGAAAGUCAAGACAGUGUUCCAUGACGGCACUGUCUUGUCCAUGGAGGACGGGGCGCUGGCAUUCGCAAAACUCAAAACGCACAGGGCCAAGGGCAAAAUUGUGAUCAGACUGACUGGUGACUGA